AUGUCAGAGCGAGAAGAACGGCGGUUCGUGGAGAUCCCUCGGGAGUCCGUCCGGCUCAUGGCGGAGAGCACGGGCCUGGAGUUGAGCGAUGAGGUGGCGGCCCUGCUCGCAGAGGACGUGUGCUACCGACUCAGAGAGGCCACCCAGAAUAGCUCUCAGUUCAUGAAGCACACCAAACGGCGGAAGCUGACCGUCGAGGAUUUCAACAGGGCGCUCCGAUGGAGCAGUGUGGAGGCCGUGUGCGGUUAUGGGUCUCAGGAGGUGCUUCCCCUGCGCCCCACCAGGGAGGGUGAGCUCUACUUCCCCGAGGACCGAGAGGUGAACCUGGUGGAGCUGGCCCUGGCCACUAACAUCCCCAAAGGCUGUGCUGAGACGGCCGUGAGAGUUCAUGUCUCCUACCUAGACGGCAAAGGGAACCUGGCCCCUCAAGGAUCAGUGCCCAGUGCUGUGUCUUCUCUGACCGAUGACCUUCUCAAGUACUACCAGCAAGUGACUCGGGCUGUGCUGGGGGAUGAUCCACAGCUGAUGAGAAUUGCUCUCCAGGACCUGCAGACCAACUCCAAGAUUGCAGCGCUCCUGCCAUACUUUGUUUAUGUGGUCAGUGGGGUGAAGUCUGUAAGCCAUGACCUGGAGCAGCUGCACCGGCUCUUGCAGGUGGCACGGAGCCUGGUUCGGAACCCACACCUCUGCCUGGGGCCCUAUGUCCGCUCCCUGGUGGGCAGCGUCCUCUACUGUGUCCUGGAGCCGCUGGCUGCCUCCAUCAACCCGCUGAAUGACCACUGGACACUGCGGGAUGGCGCUGCCCUCCUGCUGAGCCACAUCUUCUGGACUCAUGGGGACCUUGUAAAUGGCCUCUGUCAGCAGAUCCUGCUCUCCCUGCAGAAAGUCUUGGCAGAUCCUGUGAGGCCUCUCUGCUCUCACUACGGGGCUGUGGUGGGGCUGCAUGCUCUUGGCUGGAAGGCAGUAGAGAGAGUCCUGUAUCCACACCUGUCCACUUACUGGACAAAUUUGCAGGCUGUGCUCGACGAUUAUUCAGUAUCGAAUGCCCAGGUUAAAGCAGAUGGACACAAAGUCUAUGGAGCCAUUUUGGUGGCCGUAGAACGACUGCUGAAGAUGAAGGCCCAGGCAGCAGAGCCCAACAAGGGUGGGCCAGGCAGCAGGGGGUGCCGGCGCUCGGACGACCUGCCCUGGGACAGCCUUCUCCUUCAGGAGUCUCCCUCCGGGGGCAGCGCAGAGCCAGGCUUUGGGUCUGGUCUCCCAAUGGCUCCUGGAGGCGCGGGGCCAGAGGAUCCUUCCCGUUCAGUGACCCUGGCGUACAUCUAUCGGGAGCUUUACGCCUUCUUCGGUGACAGCUUGGCCAUCCGCUUUGGUACGGGUCAGCCCGCGCCCACGGCCCCGCGGCCGCCCGGGGACAAGAAGGAGCCGGCGGCCGCCCCGGACUCGGUGCGGAAGAUGCCGCAGCUGACAGCCAACGCCAUGGUCAGCCCGCAGGGCGACGAGAGCCCCCGGGGCGGCGGUCCUCCGUCAGCCUCUGCGCCCGCCGCCUCUGAGAGCAGGCCGCUGCCCCGCGUGCACCGGGCGCGGGGAGCACCCCGGCAGCAGGGCCCCGGCACCGGCACCCGCGACGUCUUCCAGAAGAGCCGUUUCGCCCCGCGCGGUGCCCCUUACUUCCGUUUCAUUAUCGCUGGGCGGCAAGCAGGGAGGCGAUGCCGCGGGCGCCUCUUCCAGACUGCCUUCCCCGCGCCGUACGGGCCCAGCCCGGCCUCCCGUUACGUGCAGAAGCUGCCCAUGAUCGGCCGCACCGGCCGCCCGGCCCGCCGCUGGGCGCUCUCGGACUACUCGCUGUACCUGCCGCUUUGA